AUGGAUGCCGGUGUCGAUGCGAUCGACAUCGAUGAUGAUGACGACGAUGCUGGCAUAUUCAGCAUCGCCAACGACUGCCACAGUGAGGACGAUUAA